CCUAUCACUUCCCUUUCUCGAAGGAUUUGUAAUUGCUCAUCAUUUAUUGAUAUCAUUUCUUCUGUGCUCACUUCUACGCAGGUCUUAGUGGAUCACUGCUGUUCCGUAUAUUGACCUCUUUGGAAUUAAUACAGAGCUUUACAAUGAUGGGCUUUGAAAUUGAUGACAGCUUAAAGACAUAUAAUCCAGACAAAGAAAGUCACCGGACUGUCCUGUGGUUAAAAGAGAGACCCUUCAGAGCGGCUGCAGUCUGUCUUGGCGUGUUAUGUGUUGUACUUCUGACUGGGAUCAUCAUCGUAGCCGGCCAACAUAACCAUGUGGCAGUGGAACAACCUACCCCUAGCUGUAACCUGAUUGGAGAGCAAGUCCAGCUAGGGACCAGAUGCAACCUGACUGAUUUGAGACGUGAACAGACAAGAAAUAAACAUGUGACUAAGGAGAGAGACCAGCUAAGGAUUACUUGCACCAACCUGAUCCAAGAGCAAGGCCAGCUUCAAACAAGUUACAAAAACCUGACUGAGGAGAGAGACAAGUUAAAGACAAGUAACAUGCAACUGAUUCAAGAAAGAGACCAGUUACAGACAAGCACCAACAACCUAACUCAAGAAAGAGACCAUCUACUGACAAUUAACAAAUGCCUUACUAAGGAAGGGUUCCAGUUAAAGACCAGUAACAAAAACCUGACUCAAGAGAGAGACCUCCUCGGAACCAGUAACAAAUACCUGAAUAAGGAAAUGAACCAGUUACAGACCAUUAACAAUAACCUGACUCAAGAGAGAGACCUCCUACAAACCUCUAACAAUAACCUGUCUGAGGAAAUGUACCAGUUGCAGACCAUUAACAAUAACCUGACUCAAGAGAGAGACCUCCUACAAACCAGUAACAAAAACCUGACAGAGGCAAUGUACCAGUUGCAGACCAUUAACAACAACGUGACCCUGGAGAGAGACCAGCUGAAAGAGCUCCAAAGGUUGAGUGGGGGAGGUUGUUUAGCGGGAUGGCAGCCUCAUGGUGGCAGUUGCUACUUUCUCUCUGCUGCAAAGAAAUCUUGGAUGGCCAGCCGGCAGGACUGCCAGGACAGAGGUGCUGAUCUGGUCGUCAUCGACAGCGAGGAGGAACAGAAUUUCAUCAACAAUUUCUGUUGUGCCGUCUGGAUUGGUCUGAAUGAUAGGGGAUCCGAAUCAAAUUGGAAGUGGGUAGAUGGAUCACCCAGGAAACUGAGUUUAUGGAAUCCUGGUGAACCCAACAAUGCGGGAAAUGAAGACUGCGCAGAGUUGAUGCCAGAGUCAAAAACCUGGAACGAUAUCCCUUGUACCUGGACAAGACACUGGGCUUGCAAGUCUGUCAAAAGAAAUUCACAACCAGAGAUCAAAACUUCUAUGCAAUGAAGAUUGCAUUGGAGACAAAUUCCAUAGCUAUAUGUUAUAAUAUGCAGAAUGUAUGUAUCAUUGAGUAUAAUUCAUUUCCUAUUCUUUACUUAGGUCAUUUGAAAAAAUAUCCCCAAUGCAUGAGAGUAGUGGUAAAAAUGAUUGACGAAGGAUGCAAAGAUAGAACAUACAAGUUAUAUAAUAAAUGUCAUCAAAAACAA